GAGACCAGAAGAAGAAGAAGCUAGCCAGCCAGCCAGCCUCCCAAGAGGGAUCUCCUUGUUCCUCUCCGAGGCAGCUAGCGCUGUGUCUAGUUAAGGUAGCUAGUAGCCUUUGUCUUUGGAGCAGGGAGAGAUUAGUGUUGAGCAAGCCCUUCAAGAUGGUUACCGUUGGGCACCCGUUGGUCUUUGCUGUGGGGAUCCUAGGCAACAUCUUGUCUUUCCUGGUCACCCUUGCACCAGUGCCGACGUUUUACCGCGUGUACAAGAAGAAGUCGACUGAGUCGUUCCAGUCGGUGCCGUACGUGGUGGCGCUGCUGAGCGCAAUGCUGUGGCUCUACUACGCGCUGCUGAGCACGGACGUCCUCCUCCUCUCCAUCAACGCCAUCGCCUGCGUCGUCGAGUCCGUCUACCUCGCCAUCUACCUCGUCUACGCGCCCAAGGACGCAAUGGUUUUCACCAUGAAACUGUUGUGCAUCAUGAACAUGGGGCUCUUCGGGGCCAUGGUCGCCUUCCUGCAGUUCUACGUCGAGGGCCAGCGCCGCGUCUCCAUCGCCGGCGGCAUCGGCGCCGCCUUCGCCCUCGCCGUCUUCGUCGCGCCUCUCGCCAUCAUCCGGCAAGUGAUCCGGACCAAGAGCGUGGAGUUCAUGCCCUUCUGGCUCUCCUUCUUCCUGACCAUCAGCGCCGUCGCCUGGUUCUUCUACGGCCUCCUCUUGAAAGAUUUGUUCGUCGCGAUGCCCAACGUGCUGGGCCUGCUGUUCGGCCUGGCCCAGAUGGGGCUCUACUUCGUGUACCGGAACCCCAAGAAGAACGGCGCCGUGUCGGAGAUGCAGGUGGUCGCGCAGGUCGCCGCCGACGCCGAGAAGGAGCAGCAGCAGGCGCACCAGCAGGCCCACGUCGCGGCGACCCUCGACGCCGACGGCGAGGUCAGGACGAGCGCCGACGACGGCGCUAACAAGGACGACGUCGUCGUCGACAUCAUGCCGCCACCGCCGCUGCCGGCGGAGAGGGCGCCGCCGCUGCCGCUGGCGCCUCCGGCGGUGAUCAUCCCGCAGCCGAGGACCGUGGAGGUGGUCUGAUCGAUGGGCCGAGAUCGACGACAUCUGGAGCGCACACUGCACGUCUGACCUAACGACUAUCAUUGCUGCCCAUCGUUCGAUUAUUGUUUAGUUUGUACGACCUAUUUAGUGUACGUAUCGCGCGGCACCACGGUACAAGUAGACGCGUAGCUACGUAUUAGGAGUAUGUACGAAUGAAUGUCUCCUGUGGUGCACGUGCACGUUCCUACGUGUUGUAAGUUCGUUUCGAUUCGUGUACGUGACGUGAUAGAUGAUCAUCAUCAGUAGCCGUAGGUUUACUAUCAGCUUGUGCUGGGCUACUACCAGCUGACGGACGGUCCAUGAUUGGAAGUCCAGGAUGCACGCGUGUACCGAUCAGCUGAUCAAUAAAGCUACAGCCCAUGUAUUGUUUUCGUC